GCUGUCAGACAGGGCUGCGAGGAGAGAGUUAAUGAUGGCUGCUUCCUUGAGUCUGUAUGUUUUCUUGUUGUCAUGUCCCCUCGGUGUCCUGGGUUUCUUGAAUUUGGAGGAGCUUAAUGACAUGAAAUAUGGGAUUGAGAUUCUUCCCGAUCCUGUCAUCUUGGGGCAGACCAAGACAGAGGAGGUUAUGAUGGUGUCCAGUAAGUACAAACAGCUGUAUGAGUGUCGACUUCCAGCCCAGGCGGUCCGGUUUCAUCAGGAUCCCGCCACUGAGCCUGACACACAAGGAUACACUGGGCCAGACAUCCCAGACCUGCUCAAGCCAAUGCACAAUGCCCCAUGUCUAGUCAAGACAAAGGACUGGUGGACAUAUGAGUUCUGUCAUGGGCAGCAUAUCAGGCAGUACCACCUUGAAGACACAGAAAUCAAAGGGGACAUUCUCUUCCUGGGUUAUUAUGAGUCAGAAUUUGAUUGGAGCAAUGAAACAGCAAAGGCCUCCAAACAGCACAGGCUAAAGCGAUACCACAGCCAGACCUAUGUAAAUGGCUCUAAGUGUGACCUAAAUGGAAAUCCCAGAGAGACUGAAGUCCGGUUUGUAUGUGAAGAAGGCUCAGGUGACUACAUUGCCCGAGUAGAUGAGCCUCAGUCGUGUCGCUAUGUGCUGACGAUUCACACCAGUCGCACCUGCCAGCACCCAUUCCUGCGGCCACCAUCCACUGCCAAGCCGCAGGGCAUUGUGUGCCAGCCAGCACUAAGCGCCCAACAGUACAUGGAUUACGUCAAGGCUCAAGUCUCGGACACAAAGCGUAAAGUGGAGCAGAUCUCAGAGGAGCUGAGGAGCCUUGAUGAGAUGCUAGCUGGUAACGAAGGAAGAGAUGGAGAAGUAAAAGUAACAGCAGAGGAGACUUUGUCUGCAUCCAGCAAUGACAGAGAAGGUGCUGCUGAUGUAUCUGAAGAUGGAGAGUCGGAGGAGGCAGAAGAUUCUGACUUCUGGGAGGGAGUGACAAAGCCAGAGACUUCAAAAACAACUACUUCCCAACAGGAGAAUCAGGCUGCAGAUGGUGGCCAAAGCUCACAUGCAGACAGUGAAGUCAUAGGUGAUGGUGAUGAAGUAGAAAAAUUCAACUUUAAAAUCAUCACUGACCCGGCAGACCUGAUGAAAUUUGUCCAGCACCUUAAGGAGAGUAACAGAAAGAAAGCACAAAAUCAAGCUAAAAGCAGAGAAGAGAAAGCAACAAGCAACAGGGUAACAGAAAAGCUCAACGAGGAGGAGAAAGAUGAAGAUGACAGUGUUCUACAGGAGUUUGAGGAUGAGAUGGCUGACCUCUCUGUGCCUUCGGAUAAGAUUGAAGAGAUAAAGGAGGAAAUGCAGAAGGAGUUUGACAACAUCAUAAACGAGGCUCAGCAGGAACUCGAGACAGAGGGUCUGAAGGGGGAGUUCGAUCGCACUCAGGCAACACAGACGCUGGAGACAACAUUGGAUAAGCUACUUGAUCACCUGGAGGAGAAAGAUGUUGAAGACUCAGAGCAGAAAAUGUCGGGAGGCCAAAGAGCCAGCGAUCCAACCAGGGGCAGCCCCAGCCUGGCUCCAAAGCACCCAGACCAAGCAGCUGACGACCAUGUUAAGAUCAAAAUAACUAAGUAUAAGACGGGUAUCAGCCCUGAUGGGGAGGUCAAAGUUCAGGAGUUGGGCGAAGGAGAUCCCCAGUGGCAGCACAUAAAGGACGUGGUUAAAGAACAGCUAGAGAAGGCAGGACUGAAGGCCGAAGGUAAAAUCGAGGUGAAGAUCUUGACACGAAAGAAUGCAGAGGAGGCAGGUGAUCAGUGGCUGACUGAGGAAGAUACAAAAUCCUUCAGGGAGCUCCUCAUAAAUCUCCUGACUGGAGGCACUGAAGAGGUUUAUAAAGAGCAGAAAAGGCAGCAGGAAUUGGAGAACAACUAUAGGUUUGUUUGGGGCAAGUCCCAGGAGAAGUCGAAGUCAUCCAGCUCUUCUGAUUCAGAUGACGUGGACAUAUGAGCUCAUUCAGAAUAUCCAGUGACCUUUUGUGCUGUUGCACUCCUGUGGAGAGCAGCAGGGAGGGGGACUCUAACGUUUAGUCACAAUUUUGAGAAAGAGCCCACUUGAGUCAGUUAUUGCUGUUAAUCCUGUGCUGUUUGCACAUUCAGAAAAUGUGUCUAUGUGGCAAUAAUGCAGGUGUCUUUAAUGGGGCACCGUUUAUAUGUUGCAAGAUGAAACCGCAACGUGUCAGCUGUACUUGUGCAGUUGAAGUUAUGCUUUUCCCCCUUUUUGAUGGGAUUCAGUUUUGGUAGAGUUUUUUAGUAAAACCUUCCAUUUUCAGUUUUACUAAAUAUUCACGAUUAGUUCUGAAGUUGUCUGCAGCAAUUAAAUUAUGCUUUGCAUUUGUCUUUUGUGUUGUCACUGACAAAAAAGUCCAUACUAAAAAGCCAAAAAUGGGUUGAAAAUGGAAAAACAAAAGGAAAAAACCCUCAAAGCUUCAAAUUUCAGUUUCCAAUGAUCCUUAAUACUUUCUGAUUUGAUUUAUUUGGUGAGAACAAAGUUAACAGAAUCAUCAAUUAAAUGUUUAUACACACACUCUGGCAGUUGAUAUUUUUCAGAAAGGUUCUGUAAAUUUAGAAACAUUUCAUUUUCAUUCGAGUAGUGAUGCUCUGUUAAAGAAAUGAAUGCUUUUUAAAAAAAGAAAAAAAAGAACUACAUUUACUAUACCUUAAUUUGGCAAAGAAAAUCAUGUAAAGGUACCAUGUCAAUCAGAUUCAGUGCACCAUGUUAAUGCAAACAUGCACUUAAAGGGCUGAAUUUGUACAGUUUGUGAAUACUUGUGGCUACUUGCAAGUCAACUUGUAAAUAAUUAUUGUUAUUUUUUGAUUUGUUUUGUUGUAAAUUAGCGCAGAUUAAGUGGCAGUUCAUUUACCUGAGUAAAUGUGUUUUAAAAAUCCUGACUGCAUUCUUUUAUGAAACAUAAUGGGACUAAGUCAUAUACCUGUUUUUUGUUUGUUUUCAGACAUACAAGAAUGUUUUUCUAAAAAAUCUGCUUAGAUAUUUUGUAAAUACAAUUUUGAGCCCUCUUUUCAGUUUUCCGUUUGGUAUUAAAAACUGCCAAAUGUCA